AUGGACCACAACACUCGUAUUGCAGAGGCAAUUAUAGAAAUGCAAUCCCAAGAUCGCCCUAAAUAUGCAGAGACCGCGAGGAGAUACAAUAUCGACAAAUCCACGCUGUGGCGCCGCUUCAAAGGCAAAACAGCCUCAAAUCACGACGCGAACUCUUACUCGCGACAGAAACUCACCAGCGCGCAGGAGGAGACUCUUAUUGGGCACGUCGAUAAGCUGACCGACCGUGGUAUCCCGCCUACCCCUCAGAUGUUGAAGAAUAUCGCCGAGGAAAUCGCAGGGGCAGAGCUUGGUGUCAACUGGGUGAGCCGCUUCCGCAAGCGACACCAUGACCGUCUUUCGAGCUUGUAUUUGCGCACCAUAAAUCAUCAGCGGAAGGCUGCUGAUAAUUCCAGGCAUUUCCAAAACUUCUUCAAUCUACUCCGCGAAAAGAUCGAAAAGUACAACAUCAGUCCCUCAAAUGUUUAUAAUUUUGACGAGAAGGGAUUCCAAAUUGGUCUCUCUCGCUCCACCAAGCGAGUUGUCCCCCGAGAAGCCCUCAGGCGCGGAAAACUGGUCGGGGCAAGCCAAGACAGGAACCGGGAGUUCAUCACGCUGAUCGCUGCCAUAUGUGCAGAUUAUUCGUACCUGCCACCGGCCCUCAUUUACAAAGGGAGUCAAAGACUUCCAAGAUACUUGGCUUGA